CUUCCGGCCGCCCUCCUUAGCAGGAAGCCAAGAUGGCGGCGGCGCUGUGCGGGCGGGGGUCGGUCCUGCUGGGCCGGGCCCGGGGCCCGCUGGGCCGCACCAUGGCGAGCGGGGCCCACGGCGCCGACGGCUCAGCUCGCAUGUGGAAGCUGCUCACGUAUUUCGUCGCUCUCCCCGGGGUGGGGAUCAGUAUGCUGAAUGCCUACCUGAAGGAGCAGCAGCACAGCGGGCACGAGAGGCCAGAGUUUAUCCCCUACACCCAUCUCCGCAUCCGAUCCAAGCCCUUCCCGUGGGGAGAUGGUAACCAUACCCUCUUCCACAACCCUCAUGUUAAUCCUCUCCCAACUGGCUACGAGGAUGAAUAAAAACUUGGACCAUCACCACGACCCCACGGACCACAGUGGUGUCUCGGACCAUCGCUCUCCACCUGGACCAGAAGACUGUACGGGACCUUUACUUGGACCUAAAAUGCUGAAAAAUGCUAUUCUCUGUUCUCCUUUGUGUGUGUGGCCGAGGUGGCCUAAAUAAAUCACUCUUACCAUG